AUGCUGUGGUUGCACUGGUUGCAGCUGGCGGCGGUGCUCGCAGAUCCGGAGCUACUCACAGACAAAUGGAGCGGGUGUGGCGAGGUGACGUCCGAUGACGAAAUCCCCCUCUUCUUCUCGCCCUGUGCUACGUCCGAGUGGGAAGUGCUUCUCACCGACACUGUGGCCAAUCAUCACAAGCCAAGGAAUCGGACCUCAGGGUUUGACUCGUUGGCGAACAAAACGUACUCCAUUCGUACUCCAGGAAUGCAACAGCACUUCUUCGGCUUCCAGAAAGCAACAAUCGACAAGGAUGAACUCGGAGAUGACAUUGAGAUCGUUUGCAGUUGGAGUCCGAUAGAGGUCUGGUUUGGCCUGCCAAAUACAUCAGGAGAAUUCAACGACACACUGAACUUGGAGAACUAUGGAGAUGAGGACUUCAGCAUCAGAAAAAGCUUCGAGAUGCGCUGGGUGUUGGAUGUCAUUGACCACAACAAGAGCUUCGAGACGGAUCCGUUCUACACGGCCCAAGUGCUGUCAUCGGUGACCUUCGACGCCUUCGAGACCUUCACCCAAUUCUUUGACCUUUCUUCCUUCAAUGGUUCGGACGUUCAGUCAGAUGACGAAGCUCAACUUCUACCACUGCCAUUUGUGUUCCCUCACUACCUGCAUUUCUAUGAGAAAGCCUAUGUCUCCUGCAAUGGUGCCCUUAUUUUUGACCCUGUUUUGGAUGAAUUCACAAGACAGGCGGCAGUUCUUGGUUCUGGUGAAGGACCACAUGCAGUGUUAGCAGCUUUGUGGGGAGACUUGCUUUGCCCUGAAGGCUCCAAAAUUUCAGCUCGAAAAGCACAGGACGGUCUGACUGCAGCUGUGCGGUUUGAGGGACUUCGACACAAGAGUGAUGUGAACCACACGGGGAAUUUAACCUUUGAAGUUCGCUUACACAGUGAUGGUCGAGUCCUUUUACUGCUGGAGGAUUUUCCGAAUCACACGGGUGCGCCUGCAGACCUGCAGGAUGCACUGGCAGCACUUCAAGUCGGUUUGCAGCCCGCCACAGGUGCGCGUGCGUUGAGUGUGCAGGUGCCAUGGUCAGCUGGAGCACCUUUGGCCAUUUCAUUCACUCCUUGGCUGAUGCUGGAGAAUCUGAGCUCUUCGGAUUAUUCCGUGGCUCCAAACCAAUCCACCACAGUGAGCCUAGCUUUUGAACGUCAAGCUGACCUCUACGGCUGGGUGUUCUUUUACGCAGAGAGGAGCAUCGGUACCUGGCACCCAAGGAGGAAUGUCCGCUUCACUCAACGCAUGUUUCGAUAUUAUUGGGCCAUUAGCGCUUGGGAUGGUGGCAUGCAUAGUGGCAGCUGUGCCAGUGGCUUUGUGCGUCGACGGAAUCGGACAUGUGCUGGUAGCGAUGGCGAAGUCUAUGACGACAGCUUCUGCAUUGGCAGUUGCAUGGAUAAAGACCCAGUUCUAUACUGGGAUUAUCCGCAGAAGCGAGUCUGGAAAGAUGGCUACAACAACCACUGUGAAGACUAUCGCGUUUUGGACUUUUGCCGACCAGAUGGGACUACUGGAUCCAAGUGGCAGUCUUGGUGGGGUACCUUCAAUGAUUGGGUCACCAACGGUGAGGACGCUUCCUCUGCCUGCUGUCUUUGUGGUGGUGGGACAUAUGCUGUGGCCUUACCUCAUGUCGAGGAGACUUGCCCUACAGUCAACUGCCCUGCGAACUCCGAUGGGUCCAACGUGUUGGAAGGAUGUCGCUGUCGAGCUGGAUUUCAGGGUCAGAUCAACCGCUCAGACGACUACCCCUACUUCGCAGGAGCCUGUUGGCCGGUCGCCUGUCCGGAGCAUUCCACUGGCUAUGUGCCCUACGGCUGCACCUGCGAGGAUGGUUACAUUGGCCACAUCACGCCCAGUGACUUCGAACCGUUCUUUGUUGGCAGCUGUGAGGAAACCACCACGAGCACCACAAGCACUUGGACUUGUAUCAGCUCUACCACUAGCACGUCAAAGUCUACAACAAGCACCAGCAGUAUCAGUAGCUCUACCAGCUCUUUCACUUUGACUACAUCCACUGCCACUAGCACGUCAAUUUCUACAACAAGCACCAGCAGUAUCAGUAGCUCUACCAGCUCUUUCACUUUGACUACAUCCACUGUAACCAGUUCCACUAUGACAACUCGCACCUCAAGCAGCACUUCCGUGUCAACAUCCACCAGAACCACACGGACAAGUACCAGCUCGACAGAGUCCAUGACCACCCAAACACAAACCUCCACUUUAACAAAUACAACUACGAGCUCUACCUGGAGUACAACCUGGACUGCUUUUACUACAAGCUUGAGCACAACUACCGUGUCAUCCACGAGUACUGUCUCAGCAACGCAAACCGUCACAAGUACCGUGUCAUCCACGAGUACUGUCUCAGCAACGCAAACCGUCACAAGUACCGUGUCAUCCACGAGAAGUGUCUCAGCAACACACACUGUCACAAGUACUGUGUUCACGAGUACUGUCUCAACAACGCUUUCAGCCUCUAGUACCAUGCUACCGACAACUCCAAAAGAGCCUUGCGAGACAACAGGCUCUUCUGAAAACACGUCAAACGCUUCAGCGGAACCAGGCACAGUGAGUUCUGCGGAACCGUCGCAAGCGUCGACGUCGAGUUCUGCGGAAGCAGCGAAUUCUUCUGACAACUGGACAUCGACCAGCGACGUGGGAAGCGUCACGAAGCUUUCCACUUCCGCUUCGGAAGCAGAACCAGGCCAAGGGCCAUCCACUUCCGCUGAGACGCACAAUCACAGCGAAGAGCUGGAAUCCCUGAACAAUUCCUCAGACCCGGACACUAACCUAACUUUGGCUGAAGAGGACGCGAUAUCCAACGCUGGAGUCUCAGAAACGGCCGCCCUGCAAACGUAUCCUUGCGGCAACUGUGUUGUUACGAUCUUUGACCCUGUGCGAUUGCCGUCGCAUAGUCGCAAGCACAAUUAUACCCAUGCAAACGAGAAGGAAUAUUUACAUAUUUUGGUUUGGAGGGAUCGGUGUCGGAAGCAUAUGAACUUGGUCGAAUUCGGAAAAUAUGGGAGACAUGACUUGUGUCCGUUCUUACCUGUAACAGUCAGCAAACAAGAACGUCACUAUUUUUAG